UCGAAACAUGACUAAUUUCCUUUAGCAUUGUCCUAAAGACUUGAUCAAUUUCUCAUCGGUACUUUGGUCGUUUUCUCGAUUGUUGUCCCUCAACAGGAUGUUAUCUGCUAACUGUCAUGUUAUUCCAUUGGUCAAGAAAAAUUAUACGAGCUUUAGAAGGCUUAUUUAAAUAUACUUUCCGUGCAAGGUGAAAUCAUAAUCUUUCAGACCGAAACCGUUGUAAGAUUUUAUCUAGGCGAGGGUAAGCAUUAUUGCAAAUUGAUUCCGUGAUGUUAUUUCCCAAACAGUUUAGUUCGUGACUUUCGCACUAUGCCCUCGACCUUUCAGUUUCGUACCGUUCCACCGGAAUCAUCGUUUUUUCUACAUUACGAGAUUUUGUCUACAACGUUAUCAUUGCAAAGUACAGAAUACGAGGAGAUUCUCUGAGUGGUGUUCCGGUUUUAAAAAGUCGCGCUCGUCCUUUUUUGAUGCAGAUUCUCAAACCAUAUGUCGAGCUCGCCGCUGGCUCUAACUACUUUGUCUUUGGAGGUGUGAAACCUGUUCGUUGGUCGUAUUUGGAGUAAGUUUCCUUUACGAAAAAACCAAAGUAACAAAGAAGAUUCUAAACAUGUCUUCGCAAGAAACCGUGAACCUCUACAAUCAGGAAAACAUGACCGAUGCCGCAACGAAAGUCUUUCUGGUAAACUGCGCUGUAAAUGUUCCUCUCGCUUUAGCGGCGAUAAUUGGGAACUCACUGGUGUUGCAUGUGGCGAGGAAAUCACCGACUCUUCGAUCACCGUCCUUGGUUUUACUGUGCGGUCUGGCGAUGUCCGAUCUGGCUGUUGGCACAGUCGUACAGCCCCUUUUCAUCGCAAACGAGUUAAUAAGAUUGUAUUCCCGAUCCCAAAGGUUCCAACAAUUAUUCCAGGGUGUUUAUAACACGUUUGGUUUCUCUUUAUGUGGAAUUUCUCUUUGUACAGUCACAGCAAUUGGUGUCGACAGAUUGAUUGCGGUUGAAAGGUCCUUGCAUUAUCCAAGUAUUGUGACAAUCCCUCGCGUAAGACGCGUUCUUGUUGCCAUCUGGAUAAUAUCUUUAAUUUUAGCAAGCUCGCGUUUCUGUCAGGAAAAGAUUCUGUUGAUUUCACUUGGAACUGUAAUAUGUGCUUGCCUGUGCAUCUCAACUAUUUGUCACGUAAAAAUAUACAGGACGGUUCGCUAUCAUCAAAGUGCGAUUCAACUUCAGUUCCUGGCGGUUGAAACAAACACUGGGCAUGCUAACAAAGUGACAAGCCUAAAAAAGUCUGCAUUCAAUGCUUCCAUCGUUUUUCUUGUACUCAUCAUCUGUUAUAGCCCUUAUUUAGUUGUUUUCUACGUUGUGACUUUAGUUAAUCCAAUCGGAAGAUCCCUGACUUCAACCAUUGUGUUCAUUAACUCCUCUGUAAAUCCAUUUUUGUAUUGCUGGCGAAUAUGUGAGAUCAGGGAGGCUGUAAAACAGACUUGUCGCGAAGUAGUUUGCUGUUUAACAAAUUGACGUCAGUUUUUCACGUGUCUGUCCUGUUAUUGACCAGGAAUUUCGUCAUAACAUUGUCAAA